AAUUUAUGAGUCCACAACUAAAAGUAACGGGUACUACGCAUGAAUCUACUGAGCGUUCAACUUAUAAAGCACUAAGUCGACUGUGAAUGAGACAUUUUUCAAAAGCAUGCUGGGAACCACCCCUAGUUCUAAAUUUGAAAUUGUCGCAAGGUUCUUACAACAUUAAAUAUCGGAUAAAUCAACUUUAUAAAUAGCUUGGAUGUGAACAUCUAUCCAAUAGCUCAUUUGUUUGAUCAAAUGGUAAUUUCCAUAGGCACUUUCCUGGUUUAGGAUAACUGGAUAUGUUUUAAUCGUUGCAUAUAGGUCUAAAUUGUAAAUCAUCUUUUGAUCACUCGUUGUCUUAUAUAUGGAUCAUAUUUUAACACAAAAACUCGGCACUUAAUCGAAACUCGAUUGCGGUACUCUAUCGUAUGGAUCAUCGUAGCUUUGAAAUUCACAGAAACUUUGAUGUCAUUUUCCCGCACGGAUUUCGUAAACCUGGUCUAUAAAACUGUUCAUCUACUAGGUUCUGAUUAUUACCAUUGCUGAAGCACUUUAUUCAAUCUCGUAACACUCUGGCUGUUGUUGCUGUUACGUGUUUUGACUACUAUCGAUAGUGUUGCAUAGUCAGUAUUCUGAAUUUACGAAAAUGUCAUUGGUAAAUAUUCCUCGUUACCGUGACGAUCCAAACUAUCGUUACAAAAUGCCUCGUAUUCAAUCUAGGAUAGAAGGCAGAGGCAAUGGGACAAAGACAAACAUUUCCAACAUGGGAGAUAUUGCUAGGGCGCUAAAGAGGCCUCCCACUUACGCAACUAAGUUUUUUGGCUGUGAAUUGGGUGCAAUGUCGAAGUUUGAGGAGGCAGAAGAGAAGGCUUUAAUUAAUGGAGCUCAUACCGAAAAGGCUCUCUCCUUGAUUCUGGACAAGUUCAUAGAGCUCUAUGUGCUAUGUCCUCAGUGUCAGCUCCCGGAAAUCGAAGUUAUUGUCAAGAGAGGUGCGUUACACUCUUCCUGCAACGCUUGUGGUCAUAAGGGAACACUCGAUAUGACGCAUAAGGCUGCGUCCUACAUGAUCAAAAAUCCCAUUGUUUCCUCCUCAAAAAUGAGUAAGGAAAGAGAACCCAAGGAUGCUAAAGAAAAGGAGAAGAAAAAGAAACCAAGUAAAAAGAAGGAAGCCGGAUCACCAGGAAAUGAGGAUCUGGUGGAGAACGAAGAACUGACCAUGGAAAGUCCAGAAAUUGCAGAGGUGAUAUCAAGGUUCCACUAUUUCAUUUAUGGUGGAGAGAAGAAGAGCGUUGAUGAUUUGGCUCAGGAGCUGCACAUGUUACAGCUCUCCCAGGGCUUUGAUAAUGUGUGCAGGUUCUUUGUUUGUCUCGCGGCCGUCUUUGGAACAAUGGUCGGUGCAAGGUUAGAUGAUUCACCUAGUGUGGAUUUGUCCAAACUUUCUCUUAAAGAUACGGACGUCAGUCCAGAAGCUGGAGAAUUGCCAGCUGCUCAUGAUGGCCGAGCACCAAAUCCUUCUUCGCCAAAGCUCUCGGUAGAUACGUUUAAGGACAACAUCGAGGUUAUUAAAGCUGCCACUGUAUACACUAUAUCGCCAAAGGAAAUUAUCGGCGCCCUAGAAUACUUUAUAUUUCAGUGUAACCCAGAGGAGGUUUCAAACUACCCCUACUAUGCCCAAGCAUUCUACUCGGACGAUGUAGUUGAAGGUUCUGACUUUAUAAGGUACUAUGGAAAGUCUUCUAGGUACUCUGGCAACCUCAAUGCUAUAUUCCUGAAGGCUAGGGAGACGAUAUCGCCCUUUAUUCAGUGGUUGCAAGAAGAUUAA